CGCGCCGAGAAAAGAAAUCCGCCCUUCUGAGUCCGACUUUUUACAUGACGCCGGGUUCCUCCUCCCUACGCAUUUCUUCCUCCUCCGCAGAGACGCGCCUCCGCGUCGGAGUGCCGUCGACAUUUCCGUAAAGUCUUCUCUGCCCAUUCGGUCUACGCAGUUUGGUACAGGGGAAGCAAAGGCAAUACCAUGGAUACAGCUUCACUCAAGGCAACAGAUGGUUGGACUCAUCUGGGCAUCUGAAAGGGUGAUCUUGUUGCUUGGCCUACCAAUCUUGGACGCACGAGAGUCCUUGGCUUGUUUAUGUAUCUCUUAUUAAAUGCGCAACAACGGCUCUGUACAAUGGAUUUGCCAAAUUUGUGCAGUUAUCUAGCAACUGACUCUGAAUUGCUAAGGCUGCGAAAGGUUGCAAUGCUGGUAGUAGUUUUCAACUUUUCAUUGCUGCAGCAGCAUGAGAAUCAAUGUUUGGCUUCUUAACAGAAGUUGUAAUUACAAGUUAAUUCCCUGUGUUGGAAAAAUUGAUAGGUGGUUCAGCUCCACUGGGGAGGCAUCUCAUGUUGGUGAGUACCUUUGGUUGAUGGGAAGAGCUUGCCACAAACCAGUUGUACAGUACUGUGGUGGCAGUGCAGAAAUAGGUUGUGUUUUUGUUUCAGCUUCACUGGUGCAACCCCAAUAAACAGCUUGAUGUUAAAAAGGCAGAGCUUAGAGAUUAUUUCUUGGAAGAGGUUUUGGGUACUUUAUUUCAUGGAUUUUCAUCCAAAGAUUUUAUUUUUGUGGCCAUCAAACAUGGCCUUAGGUCUAUAUGCCUGUUAAGAAAUUCCACUGUGUUUCUAUUUCUGGACAUUCGUCUAAGAGUUGACAACCAUUCUCACAUCUUCUUCAGAAACCAUGAAUUUUGAUCUUGACCAUGAAGAAUGUGGCAUCUUUGGUUUCUGCAUGCUGGCUACCUUCCAAACGUCUGCAGCUAUUGUCUUGGAGCUCUGUAGCAGAAUCAGUUCUACCGCUUCACAUGGAAGAAGAAGUACCUUUCUUCGAUUUCUCUGGCGGAGGACACUGUUCAGAGACUUUGAGCAUGGUUGAUACUCGAGCUAUGGGACGCCGCUAUGCUGAAGAGUUACAGGACUGCAUUGAGAUGGGUUCCUGCUCAAAUGCGAGAAUCAUCCAUGCCCACAUCAUAACUUCUGGGUUCAAUGCCAGAAGCUUCAUCCUGAAUCGCAUCAUUGAUGUUUAUUCAAAGUUUGGAAGAUUGCACGAUGCACGUAAGUUGUUCGAAAAAAGGCUCCGCAGGGAUGUAGUUGCCCAUACGACGCUUAUCGCAGCAUACUCGAAGCAUGGGCAAGUGGGAACAGCAAGAGAAUUAUUCGAUGGAAUUCUCAUCCGUGAUGUUGUUUCGUACAAUGCUAUGAUUUCAGGCCAUGUUCAGAAUGGACAAGGUUAUUCUGCCAUACAACUCUUCCUUGAGAUGGCCAGGAAUGAAGUCCGGCCUGAUGAUUUUACGUUCACCAGUGUGCUUAGUGCCUGCGGUAGCGUAACAGAUAAGAACUCAGGGAUGCAGGUUCAUUCUCGGUUGGUUAAAGCUGGAUUUGGAAGAAUUGUGUCUGUUGGUAAUGCUUUGGUUUCGAUGUACAUGAAAUGUGACUUGGUGGCUUCUGCUCGUCAAGUAUUUGAUGAAAUGCCACAGAAAGAUGAGUUCACUUGGAUUACUGUCAUUACUGGUUAUGUCAAGUCCGGCAAUCUUGAAGCUUCUCGCCAAGUGUUUGAUGGAAUGACUAAAAAAUUUCACUUGGCUUGGAAUGCAAUUAUUGCUGGUUAUGCACAAUUUGGAUGUUACAGGCAAGCACUCGAAUUGUUUGGGACCAUGCUGGAGGAAGGGAUAAAGCUUGAUGAAUUCACAUUCACGAGUAUUCUUAGUGCUUUUGCCAAUUGCGGGUUCAUUCGGGAAGGUAUGGAGGUUCAUGGAUAUAUACUGCGUAGGGAAACAAGAUUGUCAUUGCAUGUCUGCAAUGCCCUUGUUUCAUUAUACACGAAGUGUGGAAAAUUGGAUGUUGCUAUGAAGUUGUUUAAUCGAAUGCCAGAAAGAGACCUUGUCUCCUGGAAUGCCAUUGUGUGUGGUUAUGUUGAUUCUGGUGAGGUUGAAGUGGCAAGGAAACUUUUUGAAAAGAUGAGCGAGAGAAGUGUGCUUACUUGGACUGUGAUGAUCUCUGGAUAUGCACAACAUGGAUAUGGUGAGGAAGCACUAAAGCUAUUUAACAGAAUGCAGCACGAGGGAACAAAGCCUUGUGACUUCACUUUUGCUGGUGCAUUUACUGCUUGUGCAACACUUGGAGCUUUAAGGCAUGGCCAUCAGCUUCAUUCUCAGCUCAUUCAACUUGGCCUUGAUUCGAGCAUUUCUGCUGGUAAUGCAUUGGUGACCAUGUAUGCCAGGUGUGGAGCUGUUGAUGCUGCCCAUCAAGCUUUCUGCACAAUGCCACAUGCAGAUUCAGUGUCUUGGAAUGCAAUGAUUGCAGCUCUAGGGCAACAUGGGUUUGGGGAAGAGGCAUUGGAACUCUUUGGGCAGAUGUUGCAUGAAGGAAUUGAACCUGAUCGUAUCACUUUCCUCACGGUUCUCUCUGCUUGUAGCCAUGCUGGUCUUGUGGAAGAAGGAUGCAAAUACUUCAAGUCUAUGAGUAAAGAUUAUGGCAUAAGGACUGGUUCAGAUCACUAUGCACGUUUCAUUGAUCUAUUAGGUCGGGCAGGACGAAUAACAGAAGCUAAAGAAGUAAUUGAAUCGAUGCCUACCGAGCCUGAUUCAUUUGUAUGGGAAUCACUUCUAGCAGGUUGCAGGAUUCAUGGCAACAUGGAACUUGGAAUUCAGGCAGCAGAGAAACUUCUUGAGCUGAGGCCAGAGCAUGAUGGAACAUAUGUGUUAUUAUCCAAUAUGUAUGCUGCAGUUGGCAAGUGGGGAGAAGUCGCAAGGGUGAGGCAAGUGAUGAAGGACAGAGGAGUGAAGAAAGAACCUGGAUGCAGUUGGGUUGAUGUGGAAAACCAAGUUCAUGUUUUUUUGGUGGAUGAUACUGCUCAUCCUGAGGUCAAAAAGGUCUACAUUUUUCUGGAUAUGUUGGGUGCAGCAAUCAGGAAGUUGGGUUAUAUACCUGAUACAAAGUUUGUGCUGCAUGAUGUGAAGCUCAACCAGAAAGAAUACAGCCUGUCAACUCACAGUGAGAAGCUGGCCAUUGGUUACGGGCUUCUGAAAUUGCCUGCGGAUUCUCCAGUUAGGGUCUUGAAGAAUCUAAGGAUCUGUGGGGAUUGCCACAAUGCUAUUAAGUUUAUAACGAUGGUGGUGAAGCGGGAGAUAAUUGUGAGGGAUGGAAAGCGAUUCCACCAUUUCAGAGAUGGAGAUUGUUCCUGUGGAAAUUACUGGUGACUCAGUAGCGGCAUCAGGAGCAUCGUAAUCCUCCUGGGUGCGUGUUUACUCCGGCAAUUCCUUGGAACGGGCUUUUUUACCCAUCUGAAUCUCUUGCGGUUGAAACAUAAGACGCGCCAGUAUGCAUGGAGGGUAAUUUCAGUGCCAAGGAACAAUGAACCUAUUAGCAUUGACAGGGCACCUCUAAAUGUGAUCUUCCUUGCAAGAAGUAAUGAUAGUCCUUGAGAAGAAUUAACAACGUUGCUUUAUCCUGUUAACGUGAGAUUUCCUAAAGCAAUAGAAAUGUGAUUUCGUGGUACUUACGGAUAGUUUGAUUAUAAUGCUGUUUAUUCACGACCUUCAUCAGAUGAGCGAAAAAACAUCAGUUUGAGAGGAGAUUUUGGUCAUCCAACAUGUUCAACAUGUUUCUGCUGGUGGCAACCACAGAGUUUUGCUACAUUCUAUGACAACAAAGGUGCUACUUGAGAGAGUGAUCCCUCUGUCUUCUUGGUGGUUUGUCUAGCCAACACUGUGAAGAGAUUUGGUAAAAGAAUCGAAUUGGCAGAAGUUCAGUUA